CACCCGCCGUGUCUCUACCUUCCCAAACGGCGUAUCGCAGUCCCUCCCCCCCCCCCACUUUCCGCUGCCGCCACGCACGCCGACAAAACGUCAACCUGAUUGGUCUCAACACGUGCGAACGCGCGAGGUAUUGUGGGUCAGCCGCUAGACAGCCGAAUGCGGCGGCGAAGUGUGACGCGCUGUCACGUGGUGAUAUACUCUGACGGCUGGCAUCAGAACAGCCGCUAAUGUAGAACGUACUCGGCCGCGCCGGUCCGGGCUUGAACCACGGACAUUUAACGUUAAUUAAAACACAGCGUGCAACGAAGGACAAAUAUCGAACAGGUUAAAAGGCAAGUAAACAUGAAAUCGUAAUUAAUGUGUUUUCAUGAUCUGACACGGACACCACGUGCGUUAUUGAUGUGUUUUGCUCGGGCACCACAUGCGUUAUUGAUGUGUUUUAGUUUGACACCAGACGCGGACAAACACGUGCGUUAUUGAUGUAUUUUUAUCAGACGGCACUGCGGGCCAAACACGCGCGUUAUUAGGUUUCUGUCAGACAAGAAUUUACGACUACAAACUUUAUUAAGGCGUUAUUAGUGUGUGAAGACCCGUCGUCCAUCGAACCCUUAUCGAAAAUAAUUUGACAAAGUUCCACAAUAUCGCUAAGAAGACAGAUCAAGCAUGUCAUCCGUAAGCGCCAACGCGUCGGAUCUCGCGACCGGCGCCGACAACGAUGACGUCGGCUACGAGUACUUCCGGGACCUGAUGCGCUUCGUCGUGCAGCGACGCUGCAUUCCUAUCAUCGCCAGCGUCGGCAUCGUCGUCAACUGUCUGUCGAUGGUUGUGCUGACCAGGAAGCGCAUGCGCUCGUCGACCAACUGCUACCUGACGGCGCUCGCCUUCUUCGACGCCGCCUACCUGAUGUUCAACUUCUCGCUGGCGCUCAUGCACCACGAGGGCUUCCUCGAGCGACGCUCCUACAUCGACUACGUGCCGUGGGGCUUCCCGCUGACGGACCUCUGUAGCAACACGUCCGUCUGGCUCAUCGUCUCCUUCACCGUCGAGCGCUGUAUCGCCGUUUGCUACCCGCUGCGCGGUAAGCGCAUGUGCACGAUCAAGCGCGCCAAGUGGGUCAUCGUCGGCGUGUUCGCCGGAGCGCUCGCCUGCUCCCUGCCGACGUUCUUCGAGUGGAAGACCGGGCCGGUCGAGGACGCCGCCGAGAACGCCACCUAUCACGCGUUCUACCAGUCGGCGCUGAGUCGCAACGAGACGUACCAGCGCGCCUUCUACUGGUUCACGUCGCUCAUGUUCAGCCUCGUUCCCAUCGUCAUGCUUAUCGUCUUCAACUCGAUUCUCGUGCUCUCCGUGCAUCAAUCGCAGCGGCAGCGGCGCCAGCUGACGAGCAAGGGUCGCGGCGGCGGCGGCGGGUCGUCCGACAACCAGCAGAAUCAGGAGCUACGCAUCACGAUCAUGCUCAUCAUCGUCGUCGUCGUGUUUCUCGUCUGCCAGCUGCCGUCGGCCGUGCUGCUCAUCUGGUCGAAGGACAUACCGGAGCGCACGGCGAGGGAGAAUCUCGGCAUCGGGCUGAACAACAUCAGCAACCUACUGAUGGCGAUCAACGCGACGUGUAACUUCUUCCUCUACUGUUUCCUCAGCGACCGCUUCCGCCGGACGUUCGUACAGAUCGUCUGUCCGGGCUGCCGCUCGAACUCGCCGCUGCACACCUACGUCGCCGGCAUGACGACGUCGGCGGGCGGCGGCGGCCACGAGCAGACGCCUGGCGGCCGCCGCGGGCGGCUGCAGGGAGGAGAGAACUGCGGGAAGAAGGCGUCGCCGCAGCCGUCCCCGCGCAGCAGCUCGCCGCCGCGCGCCAACAACAGCUAUCAUCCGCUGAAUGCUGCGCAGCCGAACGGCAAGCCGAGUCGACGCUUCUAG